AUGGCUGGUCACCCAGUUGGUUGUUCUAGAAUCGAAGAUAUCUCACCUUUGAGGGCGUACUUACCAGAUCAGUGCGCUUGUGCUUCUGCAUAUCUGCAAGCAGAUUCUCAUGGUGUUCUCGUCGACUCUCGGUUCCAUUGUCAAGCUGAUGCCCAUAACUUGACACUUAAUUCAGCUUCUGUAUUUGCUGGACAUCACUGUGAAACUCAACUUUCUGAUAUGUUCGGUCGAAUGCUAGGAACCACUGGCUCUGGAUCACUUCAAAAUUUAUCCGUGUCUGCCCCUUUUUCCCAACCAAAUAUGCUUCAGAACAUGCUCGCGUUAGCGAAUAGUCCUCAUAAUGUGGGCACAGUUCUUUAUCACGGAUCCUCUAUCAUUGGUUUACCUGUUGGUGUGGGGAAAAAUGUUGUAACUGGAGGACAAGCGUCGGGGUCUUCUGCGGGUGGGACUGAAAGUGGUGUCGAAAACAAGCAUUUAACUUCGGAUGAGCGUCAAGCAUAUGGUAACAUACUUUACCAAAAAAUAGUAAAGAGCGAACCUACUCUUGCUAGUAAAAUUACAGGAAUGAUUCUUAAACUGAAUCCAUCCUUUGUUCUCAAGGUCGUAAUCAGUGAUGCCGUACUAGAAAAAGCGGUAUGA